UUUCCAAGGCAAAGUAUGCAGAAACGAGACAACUUCGUUCCAGACUUCCAGGCCCAUAAAACAAAACCGGACCAAGGCCCAAAUUCUACCGCAUCGUGGCCCUCUUCGAGCAGCUCGUCGCUCCUUCUUCCUUCCCGCAACCCAGAAACCCUCGCCUCGCCUCGCCGCCGUCGACUCGACUCGAACCGGAGCGCCGGAUCCAGCCCGCCGCCGUCCCUAGCUCCGCCGCCGCCGCCGCACUGUGGAUUGGUUGAGGCGGAUUCCAGGGAUGGGCGCAGGGGGUGGAUCCCGGCGCCGGCGGAGAAGCUCACCGACGACCUCCUCGUAGAGAUCCUCUCGCGCGUGCCCUACAAGUCGCUCUGCCGAUCCAAGUGCGUCUCCACGCGGUGGCGCCGCGUCAUCUCCCACCCCGACCAACGGCGCCGACUGCCGCGGUAUCACCUCGGCAACGACAUUGUCGGCUACUUCUACAAGUCCAACACCUUCACCAACGUCACAGGGGAAGGCCGCCCUUUUGUUGACCCCUCGCUCCCCUUCCUGCCCAAGUGCGAGUUUCUCAACGUCGUCGAUAGCUGCAAUGGCCUCCUCCUGUGUCGCUGCUGGAGGCUCGCAGAUCCACGGAGAUUUGAUUACCUAGUGGUUAAUCCUGCCACUGAACAUUGGGUCAUCCUGCCUGAUUCCGGCUGGUCUGACAAGGUGCAGACUGCUCGCUUGGGGUUCGAUCCAACGGUCUCCUCCUCGCACUUUCAUGUGUUUGAGUUUGUGGAGGACGGCGCUGCGGAUGUCGAUGGGAAUGUUGAUCGUGACGACUAUGAUGGGCAUGUCAAAGGGGUGGAAAUCUACUCAUCUGUAACUGGAGAAUGGAGUCACAAGGACAAUGGUUGGAACUGGGAAAUCAGGUUACGCGAUGAAUCGAAUAGUGUGUUUUUUGAUGGCGUGCUGCAUUUGAUCACUAUUGAGGAUGUGGUGGCAGCGGUCGAUGUGGAGGGGAAUACUUGGAGGAUCAUUCCUAUGCCUCAAAGUCUAGUUGAGCCUUUCAAUGGUAUUGGUGAGGGAUUCAUUGUCCUGUCUCAGGGUUCUCUGUAUUUUGUAAACAGCGAUCACGAUAAACCAUAUAAAGUAUCAGUAUGGGUUCUUGAGGACUACAGCAGUGAACAGUGGAUCUGGAAGCACACUGUCAGCCAUUUACAUCUAUUUCAAACCAAGAGACUCCUUUUUGGACAUGACUACAAAGUUGUCUCAAUUCAUCCGGAACGGAAUAACAUUUUCUUGGUUUGGCCGCAUAGCAAAAUGCUCAUGUCCUAUGAAUUGGAUAGCAGAGAAGUGCAUUUUAUAUGUGGCAUCGGAGGUUGUGAGUGGGUGAUGUACUAUCUUCCUUACGUUCCCUUGUACUUAGAAUCACUGGCAGAUGGGCAUUGAUCAUCGUACUUGCAUAGGCGAACGCUUGGUUUGUUAACCUUAAAUUAUGACAUUGGAGUUAGGACACCGAUAAGAUCAGCAGGAACUUGGCAGAUCUUUCUGAUGUUGUGCUACAUUGUUGUAGGUGGUUGAGUGCGUUCUGCAACCUCACUUUCUGGGGCCAACUUUUCAGUAACUUGGAACUUAAUUCGGAUUUUGUAAUAGUGAUGUUGUAUUUGAUUGUUUGCGAUGUUGAAAACCCUCUAGCACUUAUUUAUGCCAAUAUUUGUUGAGAUUUCAUAUUACGUUAUUUACUAUUUUUUUUC